AUGAAAAAAAUUUUGGUUAGCUUUCAAUUUUGGCAAAAUUAUAGUAUGCAAAGUUGGUUCUACAUAUCUCUUAUAAGAGAUGACAAAAAAAAGUUUAUAAAUUUUCAAGAAACUGAUUCAACUUUUUUCACUACCAAGACAAGACAAUAG